CGAAAAUCAGCAUUGGAAAAUCAACCUCGCUAAUGCAACCUACUGCAGGCCUCAUGUACUGCUAGGGGUGCCAGAGUGCCUCGUUCCAGACGUUCCAGACACAUCGAUCGCCAGGCUAUCCGGGGUAUUCCAUGGCUUGUCGUUAAAGCUUGAUCGCCACGACCCCUGUCCCCUCCCCCAGAAAGCCCAGGCUGCCCAGCAAGCUCCAGAGCACGGCUGUAAGAUCCCAAGAGAACCAUGAGAAAACGACAGUCGGAGGAGUGUCUCCGGAUAGCCCACGAACUGGCAGAUAUAAUAGCCUGCGCCCAGCCUCCGUAUAGCUGGCGAGCACCUCUUCUGCGACCUCAUCCCUUCCUCACUCGCAAGCUCAACGCUCAACGGUCAACAACAUACCCUCAGUCAGGUUUCUCAGCCUCCCCCUGAAUCAUCAACCAACCUUUACCACAAGCCUAGUCAACGUCAACCACCCCCCCACCUACCCUCACCAUGAAGCCCACACACACAACCUUGGCCCUAGCAGCCGCCCUCCUCACCACCCUCGCCAGCGCCGCCGACACCGCGCAACGAACCCACCACCACAAACCCCCCACCGGCGCCGUCUCCGCCUCCUCGCUGCUGCUCAGCCGCCAAUCCGAGUGCGGCGUCACGGACCAAGUCUGCGACGCGGACUACUGCAUCCCCUCCUCCGCAGACUGCUGCGACGAGGGCUUCGGAGGCUACUGCGAGCUCGGCACCUACUGCGACGGCGGCGGCUGCUGCCCCACCGGCAGCACCUGCGAGGGGGACCCCGUCGGGUGCGGCGACGACGACUACGUCGAGUGCGGCGACUACUGCCUCGAACCAGACAUGAGCUGCUGCGACGGCGGCUUGUACGCUUGCAUGGCCGGGACGGUGUGCGUCGGCGAUGGCUUUUGCAGCUACCCCGAUGAAGAUGAAGAUGAGGAUACUGUGACGGCUCCUGGGCCUGCUCCCACUUCCCCCGCCGAAGACGACGACGAGGACGACGACGACGACGAGGACGAGGACGAGGACGAGGACGCCCCGUCUCCUACUUUCACGCGGGCUGUCGAGCCCACUGAUGGGCCUGGCGUAGAUGACGACGAGACUGAUACCGAUGAUGGCAACAGCAACUCCAACGACGACGAUGAUGAUGACGAAGACACUGAACAAGGCUCGCGUGAAGGCAUCCUCGGCAAUGGCAAUUUGCCUGGCUCCUCCGCAGCGGGACUUCGUCUUGAUGCUACUACUCUGGUGGCUGGUCUGUUGGCCGGUGCUCGGUUCCUUCUCUAAAUUCCCAAGAUACGUACGCAUGGAUGGGCUGCAUUGGGAGGGAUCGAAGCCGUCAUUGUCGACGGCGUCUGAGAACAGGACUCGAUUAUAACAUGUUUAUUUGUACAUACUUUUC